UCGACUCAAACACUUACUUCCAUACAAACAUGAGCAAGUUGUUGUUGACUAAAUACAAAUGGCGUAGGCGUGGCAAUACAAAGUCCCGCGGCUGGAGCAAGUUGGUGGACUUCGUCGAGGUGGACUGCAACGAGGUUAGCGACUCUGACAGUGAGCACAGCAACAACAGCCUGGCCUCAAUCAGCCCCAAGUCGGAUCUGAGCAUCGAGCGGCUGCAGUUCUCGGGCGCCUUUGUGUCACGCGGAAAGGGAGAUUCGCUGCAGCUGAUGACGCGCUGCAGCGAGUUCAUGGAGGAUGACUUUGGCGAGGAGACGCUCACGGCCGACUACAAUGGAGAGUGCUGCAGGUUCCGCAUUUGGUCGCCCUACAAGUCCAAGCUGGCGGCUGCCCUGCUGAAGGACCUCGCCCACGUUCAGAUCUUCGAGGGCAGCAAGGUAAUGUACUUGGGCGCUGCGACCGGCUGCUCGGUGUCCCACUUGGCGGACAUCGUGGGCGCUGGGGGCGUUGUGUAUGCCGUCGAGACCAGCCCGUGGGCCAACAGCGAGCUGCUGGCGCUGGCCAAGCGCCGUCCGAACGUGGUGGCCAUCACCGAGGAUGCCACGAUGCCCUACAAGUACCAUCGCGUCAUCUCCGAGAGCGUUGACUUCCUCUUCUGCGACGCGCUGCAUCACGAGCAGCUGCGCAUACUGAUGCUGCACGCUCGACACUUUCUGCGGCCCGGCGGCCGAUUCGCACUCAUGCUGACGGGCACGCCGCAGGACUCGGCAGGACUCGGCGCCGUGCAACGUCUGCACGCCGAGCAGCUGGACGCGCUCGACCAGAUCUCGCUGCAGCCCUACGUCCACGGCCAGUUCCUGCUGGCCGGCGUGUACAAUCUGACCAUACCCGAGACUCUGGCGGAUGCCUGAGCGCAUCGGGGCUAAGCGAAUGAAUCACUUUUAUUUUGUACACC